GUUAUACAUCCACCCGUUAUACAGCCACCCGUUAUACAUCCACCCGUUAUACAGCCACCCGUUUAUACAGCCACCCGUUAUACAGCCACCCGUUAUACAUCCACCCGUUAUACAUCCACCCGUUAUACAUCCACCCGUUAUACAUCCACCCGUUAUACAUCCACCCGUUAUACAUCCACCGUUAUACAGCCACCCGUUAUACAUCCACCCGUUAUACAUCCACCCGUUAUACAUCCACCCGUUAUACAUCCACCCGUUAUACAUCCACCCGUUAUACAUCCACCCGUUAUACAUCCACCCGUUAUACAGCCACCCGUUAUACAUCCACCCGUUAUACAUCCACCCGUUAUACAUCCACCCGUUAUACAUCCACCCGUUAUACAUCCACACCGUUAUACAUCCACCCGUUAUACAUCCACCCGUUAUACAGCCACCCGUUAUACAUCCACCCGUUAUACAUCCACUCGUCAUACAUACAUGGGCUGGAGAAAAAUAUGA